AUGGACAAUACUAAUUUGGUAGAUAAUGAUUUACAAUCACGUCGAAAAAUAGAUUUUGAAAGUGAAGAUGAGAUAUUGUCUUCAAAUGUUGAUAUAAAAUCUCUUCAUUCUAAAAUUGAUGAAGAGGCAAUACCAAAGGUUGGUAUGGAGUUUAAUACUGAAGAGGAAGCUUAUAAUUUUUAUAAUGCAUAUGCGUAUAAGAUAGGUUUUAGUAUUAGAAGGAGUAAAAUGCAUAAAGAUUUUUUAGAUGGACUGAUAAUAGAUAGAAUAUUUUGUUGCUCAUGUGAAGGUCAUCGAGAAAAAGAUAAACGGGAUGUUAUAGUGAAAUCUCAUCGUGCUGAAACGAGAUUUGGUUGUUUGGCAAGAAUGAAAAUCAAUUCUCGUCAAAAUAGUAAAUAUCGUGUGAUCGAUUUUGUUAUGGAACAUACACAUGUGACAUCAAGUCCUAGCAAAAGUCAUUUACAUAGAUCUCAAAGAAGAUUGACUGUAGCCCAAGAUGCCGAAAUUGAUUUAGCUAACAUCUCAGGAAUUACUCCUAAGGCAAGUUAUGAUUUAAUGGCUAGGCGAGUUGGUGGGUGCGAGAACCUUGGAUAUACUAUUGUUGAUUGUCGAAAUUAUUUGCAGAGUAAACGAACAAUUCAAAUGAGAGUAGGAGAUAUUGGUGGUAUACUUGAAUAUCUUCAAAGUAUGCAAUUAGAAGACCCUACUUUUGUUAGUGCCAUGCAAGCUGAUGAAGAUGACAUGAUAACCAAUAUCUUUUGGGCAGAUGGAAGAAUGAUGACAGAUUAUUUCUAUUUCGGUGAUGUUGUUUCCUUUGACACAACUUACAAAAAAAAUAAAGAGUGUCGAUCGUUCGCAAUGUUUCUUGGGGUGAAUCAUCACAAGCAAACUAUUAUCUUUGGAGCUGCACUAUUAUACGAUGAAACUGUUGAAACUUUUGCUUGGUUAUUUGACACUUUUGCUAAAACAAUGUCAGGAAAAAAAGCCAAAGACUAUUCUUACUGA